AUGUCAAAUCAGAUACCUGCAGCAGAAAACAACCCUUUCCUUGUUGGAAUGCACUAUUGGUACUCCAGUCACAGCCCCAGGACCCAGCACUGCAACGUCUGUCGGGAGAGCAUUCCUGCCUUAUCUACAAAUGUCAUCAUCUGUGAAGUGUGCAAAGUGAAAUCUCACAAACUAUGUGCUUUGAGAGCAAGUAAAGAUUGCAAAUGGAAUACUUUGUCUAUUACUGAUGACCUCCUCAUGCCUGCAGAUGAAGUAAAAACUAUGCCUCAUCAAUGGGUAGAAGGAAACAUAUCUGUCAGUUCUCAGUGUGCAGUAUGUCAUGAAAACUGUGGCAGUUACCAAAGACUUCAAGACUUCCGAUGUCUCUGGUGUAAUUCUACGGUGCAUGAUGAUUGCCAGAGACGGUUUUCCAAGGAAUGCUGGUUUGGGAGUCAUCGAACAUCAGUCAUUCCUCCCACUGCCCUUAGCGACCCUAAAGGAGAUGGCCAAUUAGUAGUAUCUUCAGACUUCUGGAACCUUGAUUGGUCAUCAGCCUGUUCAUGUCCCCUUCUCAUCUUCAUCAACUCCAAAAGUGGCGAUCACCAAGGGAUCGUCUUCCUCCGAAAAUUCAAACAAUACCUUAACCCAUCUCAAGUUUUUGACCUGUCAAAGGGUGGACCUGAAGCCGGCCUAUGCAUGUUCAAGAAUUUUGCUCGUUUUCGCAUUGUAGUUUGUGGUGGAGAUGGCAGUGUGAGCUGGGUCUUAUCUCUGAUCGAUGCCUUUGGAUUACAUGAAAGGUGUCAGUUGGCAGUCAUCCCACUUGGAACCGGCAAUGAUCUGGCCCGCGUCCUAGGCUGGGGUGCAUUCUGGAACAAAAACAAGUCACCUGUGACCAUCCUCAACAAAGUGGAGCAGGCUAGUGUGAGGAUUCUAGACCGAUGGAGUGUGAUGAUCCGUGAGACUCCCAGACAAACCCCAUUGCUAAGAGGACAGGUUGAAAUGGAUGUACCCCGAUUUGAGGCUGCUGCCAUCCAAUAUCUAGAAUCUGCAACCACUGAGCUGAACAAAAUCCUGAAGGCCAAGUACCCUACAGAGAUGAUCAUCGCAACCAGAUUCCUCUGCUCAGCAGUGGAAGAUUUUGUGGUAGAUAUUGUAAAGGCCUGGAGUCGGAUAAAACAGAACAAUACAGCUAUAGAAUCUGUAAUUUUGAAAAGUGACAUAAUGUAUGACAAGCUCAGCAUCCUGAUUGAUAUCCUGGCUGAAGAGGCAGCAAUUGAGAAAAGUCCUAUAGUAUAUGCAGACGGUGGCAAGGUAGAUGGAAAGCCCUUCGUCCCUCAAAUAGACCACAUAGCCAAGUGCAAGUUGGAGCUGGCCACAAAGGCCCGGAAUCUCCAGAAAUCCUUGAAGCUCAUCAUAUUCCAAGUUGAACAAGUUCUGGAUGAGCAAAGCCGACAGACAAUAUCGGUUAAGAACUUUACUUCAACUUUCUUCCUGGAAGAUGACUCAGAAGAUAUUAGCCAGAUGAGCCCAAGACACCGUUCUCAUCCUGGCACUUUGUCUUCUAUAUCUUCUCUCAAAAGUGAAGACUUAGAUAACCUCAACUUGGAGCAUUUACAUUUUACUCCUGAAACUAUACGCUUCAAAGAAAGGUGUGUCAUGAACAACUAUUUUGGAAUUGGAUUGGAUGCUAAAAUUUCUCUGGAAUUCAACACCAGAAGAGAUGAACACCCAGGACAAUACAAUAGCCGCCUUAAGAACAAGAUGUGGUAUGGCCUUCUUGGAAGCAAGGAACUUUUCCAGCGCUCUUAUAGGAAACUGGAAGAACGAGUACACCUGGAGUGUGAUGGAGAAGCCAUCUCCUUGCCAAACCUUCAAGGCAUUGUAGUGCUCAACAUUACCAGCUAUGCUGGAGGUGUCAACUUUUGGGGAAGUAAUACAGCAACCACAGAAUAUGAGGCUCCUGCAAUAGAUGAUGGGAAGCUGGAGGUAGUGGCUAUCUUUGGUUCUGCACAAAUGGCAAUGUCCCGUAUCAUUAACCUGCAUCAUCAUCGUAUUGCCCAGUGCCGUGAGGUGAUGAUAACCAUUGAUGGUGAAGAAGGUAUUCCAGUGCAGGUGGAUGGGGAGGCCUGGGUUCAGAGGCCCGGCCUUAUCAAGAUUAGAUAUAAGAAUGCUGCCCAAAUGUUGACAAGAGAUCGGGACUUUGAGAACUCAAUGAAAAUGUGGGAGUGCAAGCAUAGUGAAAUUCAAGCUGCCUCUCAACCCCAGCUGGACUCCCAGGAAUUUCAGGAUAGCCUCUCUGAUGAGGAGUAUGCCCAGAUGAAGCACUUAGCUCAACUUGCAGAAAACCUCAUUAGCAGACUUACUGACCUGAGCAAGGUCCACCAGCAUGUGUCUGUUCUCAUGGAUUCUGUGAAUGCCAGUGCUAACAUCCUGAAUGAUAUGUUUUACAGCCAAGACAGUGGCAGUGAGGCAGGUGCAGCUUCCUGCAUUCCCCAAGAGACUCUAAGCAGAAAUGAUGCAGUAGAUGUUACAUUUAGUCUUAAAGGGCUCUACGAUGACACUAAAGCUUUCCUGGAUGAAAACUUGCUGAGAAAUCCUGAGGAUGAGGCCACACUGCAAACUGCCCUGGAAACCAUGAAUAAGGAGUUUGAAAAGCUAUCCAAGAUCAACUGGAUGAAUUCAAUCCUUGUUCCCAAGGAAAAAUCUUCAGACACUGACAGUAGAAGCAUCAGAUUGAAAGUUAAGUUCCCCAAAUUGGGGAAGACGAAGCUAGAAGAGGAAGAUAAGCCUAAAUCAGGCCAAAGAGUCCAGGGUUUUAUUGGACGUUUGUGGCAUUACAGAAAUCGUGAAGAUGAAGCAAAAGAUGAUGAUCCUCCAACAUCAUCGGGAUUUCAACUGUAGUCCUUAAAAGCUGGAAGGAGAACUCACAAUGUUUAGAAUUCCACUGCAAAACUCUGAAAACCUCACUAUAGGCUAGACUAAAUUAUUUCAGAGCAAACAUGAACACCACUAAGAAAGAUCCUCCAAUUCUUUACACUAAUAUGCUUUUCCUGGACUCAAUCAGGUCUCCUUAGAGGUUUACAUUUUCUCAUUGGCCAAAGAUUCUUGUUCCGAGUUGUUUUGUUCAGUUCUCCUUCUCUGUGCAGCUUGAGCAACUACAGUAUUUACUUGGGAUAAGCUCAUUAUGAAUGGCCUGGGAUCUACAGAGGAUUCAAGAAAGUUCACCUCUUCGGGGAACUUGGGAACCCUUUUCUCUGAUGAGCAGAGAAACUAUUGGAUGUUAGGGAAUGAAAGAAAGAAAGAAAUUACUCUCAGGGAGAUAAGGAGAGGGGUGGGGACAGCCAGGCUUGGUUGUUUCUACCCCAAUCCCUGCCAGUUGCAACUUGUAACUUCAGGAGGUCUCUUCUACUUGGCUUUAUUAAGAUGAGAACUAGGUCCUGGGGGCUUGUCCAUUUGCCCAUUAUAAUAACCAUGUGAAAUCUUUUCUUGGAGACAUGGUGGCUGCUUUCUCUGCAAACCCUUUGUGUUUUUCCAUGUGUGCAUAUACGUCUUUGCACAUGUCCAGGUGGUGCUGUGGUGGCUGGAUGGGCCCACUGGUUGGAGCUCACCUCUAUGGCAACUAUACAGGAUCCCCUGCUACUGCCUUGACCUUAGCCUGCAUGCCGCCAUGGAGUGUUUGCCUGUAUUCUCGCUGGAUUUUUUAACUAAAUGUUUUGCCGCUGUGCUGCAGUAUAGAUUAUGUACAGAGACAUAAAGAUGUGUGUGUGUGUGUGUGUGUGUGUAUAUAUAUAUAUAUAUUUUCUUUUUAAGAACUGAAAAUACAACUCAACCUCUAAGUGACCCUAUUAUUUAUUGUGCUAACCCAGGAAUCCCUCCCCACCCUGAUCCCAUCCCCCACUCCCACACAUACAUGCCUCUACCAACUGCCCUAGUUCUUGGUGGAGCUUCUGAUCUUUUGGUGCAUUUUCAGCAUCUUAGAAGUGGCUGGGAUCUACCUAUAGCCCAGCUGAUUCUGAUGCGCCUCUUCCCCCACCCACCGUAAAAUUCUGAGCCAGGCCACGGAAGGGGGAACAAAAACACCAAUGCCCUAGAGAAGGGGGCUUAGCUGGCAUUCUGCCUUUUUUGCUCUAUUUAUCCUGGACUCUACAUCAGCAACUGCCACAAACUGUGUUGUCCCCUUCUCCAGUAAAGACUAUAUGGAGCAACCAGGCCUUGAGCUCUGUGACUUAGAUGCCUGAGCUAGGGACUGCCUGACAAGUCACAACCUAGGCCUUCCCCACAAGCUCCAUCUUGGCCUGAGUCUUCUGGACAGGCUGUUGGGUCAGUCCUCAAAUGACCUUUGAAUCUCCCAUCUUGCUCCUUUCCUUUGAGUACAGAGGGACAUCCAGAGUGAUCAGAAAGAACAUGGGCCUAGAGAAAUGGAGGCUAAAAGCCUCUGCUUGUCCCAUGGUUCUUUGAAAUUUCUCAUGAAAACAAACUAGGCCAAAAUUGCCCCAAAUCCCUAUUCACAUUUUUUGAAUGCCUACCCACAGCCAGGCAAAUCUAAUCAAAUACUAGUGUCCAGAGAGGUUCUCUCUGGUCUGCCUUGUAUUCCCACUCCACCCCCUUUAACUCAGACCUUUCAUAAGUGUCCCUUCCCCUUUAUCAAGAGAAAGCCAGAAAACUGGCCUCUCCCCACUUCUCAGACAAACUUAGCGUGCUCAAUUCCUGACUCAGUCCAAUGGCUGGUUCAUCGAGGUGCACAAUCCAGACUCCAAGCACUGGUUCUCAACUCUGGAACUCCACCAGCCUUGCCUACUUAAACCAGCCACCUGUGUUCCACCUCUGCAGGGGUGAGGAGAAAAAUACUAACAAGGGGAUAGUCCCUACAUGUCUGAUUGCUGUGCCAAACAAAAAAGUCCUAGCUCUACAACUAGAGAAGAAAGUUAAUGGAAAAAGAUGAGAGAAAACAUUUAAAACUUAUUUAAGCAUCAGAAUAUGUUAACUUAUUGUAUGUAUUUGAGUGGGAAAUGUGCUGUUGCUGUAUUGUUGGCUUUCUCUGCAUCACUCUUUCUUCCUAGGAGAAGGUAUUAGAUCAAAUCAGCAAGGUCACCAUUGCAGCCCAACUUGGCUCCUCUGUGGUUGACGCAUUAACACUUGCACACAUAGUGACUAACGGAGUUGGGAACCAAGUUACAUAUUUUCUCAGAAGAGCUAUUUCAAAAUGGAAAAUUUCCAGAUGAGCAAAUUUUAGGGAACAGAAGGAAGUCCUGGGAGAGGGUAGCUUUAUCUUGGCAGUGCCUAAGCAGGGCUGUGUCUUCUAUCUUUAUCACUGAUGAUAGUAAACUGUAAUAGGGCUCCAUCUCUUGUGCUUACUUUGAUAUUUGUCUUUGUAUAUUGUAAUGCUACUGUUGCUCUGUGGUACUAUCUGGAUUCCCUUUCACCCAUCCUCUUCUCUCACCCUGAGUCAGAAUGAUAUUGAAUGAAACCACUUGGAUUUGGGGUUGAAGUCAACUCAUGGAGAAUUGAUAGCUGAUGAUACCCAGAAGCAGGUGUGGCUUACCAAACCACUCGGUUACCUCCUAAAUUGCCUAAUUACCAAUUGAUUCCCCAAAAGGAAGACAGCUUGCUGAGCACUUUAAAUGUAUUAUCUUAGAAACAAAGCAGGAAGUGGUGAUCUCUUUCUCAAGGGAGUUGGCUAACCCUCUAGAAGCAUAAGCUGCUUUUAGAGCUUCAUUGUUAACUGAUUUCAGUAAUAUAGUUGCUCGGGUGGUGGAACCAGACACCAAAUAUCCAUCUUAAUUAUGUUCAGAGAUGCCAUUAAGAGCCAAAGUUCUGGGGUUUGGUUGCAUCUUUGGUAGUAUUUUCUGAGGGUUUGGUUGAGUGGGCAAUUCCCAACCAGAAGAAUCAUGGGGAAAGAGAAUACCAAUAGAUUUGGACUGCCAUCAAGUGCUUCUGGUAUCAAUACUACAGGAGGCCAGCAGCUUUCAAUCCCCACUCCCAAAAGGGCCUGUGCUGUGUCUAAAAGGGCAGGGUAAGAAUAAGGAAGGCAUUUUGAACUUAAUAACUUAGGUUAUAGGUUGAUCAGAAGAAUCAGUUAGGGUCAACAUCAUCUUCCCUUGGGACACAAGUGGAAGAAUUUUAGCUUCAUAAGGGGUAGAAACUGAUACCAAAGCAAACAAACCCACGAACACCAUUCCAUCCUGUGAAGAACCCUGACUGGCUAUAUGGUUUAUGGAAUUGCAUUUGUCUGUCUGCUAAUCUGUAAUCCAUGCUGUUUCCUCUUCUGUGUUUUUUGUUUCCUCACAGGUCCCUGCAAAUAAACAGUAGGGCCAGGGUCUGGUUGGGGGAGGAAACUAGGGUAGUUAGGGGUAAUAGAAAAAAAGCAGAAAGAAAAGGUCUAUAAAGUGUGCCUAUUCCUCCUCCCCCCCAAAAAAAUGGAACACCAGUCCUCAAAAUUAAUAAAGUUUUGCUUCAUAAAAUAUUUUAA